GUUCUAAAUAUUUGUUCACAGAAAACUUAUUCUCACACGUCAUGGAUUAUUUGUCCUCCAUGGGAUCUCAAACAGCUAGGUUCUGUCUGAUCUUGUUAUUCUUGUUUUAUUAUCUUCCUUGUGCUCUAAGCCAAGAUGAUUUAUGGGGCUGUGGUACUCCGUUUCGGUGUGGAAACAUCACAGCUGGUUUUCCUUUCUUGGGAGGGAUUCGCGGUGAAGUUUGCGGUCACCAUUCUCUGAAACUAAACUGCAACAAACACUCAAACACAACCUCUCUUAUCUUCUCAGGCCACAACUACACUGUCCUCUAUAUAGACAACAACAACAAUUCCGUCACUCUUGGACUUUCAAGACAAGAUUUCUCAGGUCCUUUCUGCUCUGCUUCAUUCUCCUCCACACUUUUAUCUUCAGGUCUCUUCCAGAAUUUACCAUCUUACAAAAGCCUCACUGUGUUCUACGCUUGUGACCCUCGUCGCCAUUUCCUUGGGAAUUUCACAUGUCCAGUGAAAGGUCUUGGCUCUAUUAUUCAAAACUCUACAUAUGGUAUACUUUGUGAUGGGAGUUUCAGUGUUCCAGUUCCUACGAGUUUUGUUUCGGAGGAGGAAGUUUUGGAUUUGACCCAUUUAGAGAGUGUUCUUAGAAAAGGAUUUGAAGUGAAGCUUAAUAUAGAUGAGAUACCUUGUCCACUAGAAUGUUUUUCCUCUCGUGCAAAUUGCCUCUUUCUUGCCGGAUCUUGCUGCAAAUAUCAUGAUCGUACAACGACCUGCGGUGGUGAUACAGGAGAUUUAUUACGUGAGAUAAUCCCUAACACUCGCUCCAUACUGAUAACAAUUGGACAAGUUGUAGGGUUCCAUGUAUUUAUAAUUGUGGUGAUGAUUAUAGCAUUCUUGUUCUGGAGGAGAAAAAAAGUAAAUGAUCUGAGAAAGCAGAACCUCGAGGCGCUUGUAACCUCGAGACGAUAUAGUUAUAGACAAAUCAAGAAAAUUACAAAAUCAUUUACAGAAGUAGUUGGACGAGGAGGAUUUGGAACUGUAUAUAAAGGGAAUUUACGCGAUGGUCGUAAAGUAGCCGUGAAGAUUUUGAAGGAUUCAAAUGGAAAUUGCGAAGAUUUCAUCAACGAAGUUGCAAGCAUAAGCCAAACAUCUCAUGUUAACAUUGUUUCUCUACUUGGUUUUUGCUUUGAAAAAUCCAAAAGAGCGAUUGUGUAUGAAUUUCUAGAGAAUGGGUCUCUAGAUCAGUCUUCGAAUCUUGAUGUGAGUACACUUUAUGGAAUCGCGCUAGGCGUGGCUCGGGGAAUAGAGUACUUGCACUUUGGCUGCAAAAAAAGGAUUGUGCAUUUUGACAUUAAACCACAGAAUGUACUAUUAGAUGAAAAUCUCAAACCCAAAGUUGCUGAUUUUGGCCUCGCUAAGCUUUGUGAGAAGCAAGAAAGCAUAUUGUCAUUGCUUGACACGAGAGGAACUAUAGGAUACAUUGCUCCAGAGUUGUUUUCAAGAGUGUAUGGGAAUGUAUCUCACAAGUCGGAUGUGUACAGCUAUGGAAUGUUGGUUCUUGAGAUGACUGGAGCAAGGAACAAAGAAAGAGUCCAAAAUGCUGAUUCGAACAAUAGCUCAGCUUACUUUCCAGAUUGGAUCUUUAAGGAUCUUGAAAAUGGAGAUUACGUAAAGCUUCUUGCCGAUGGACUAACCCGAGAGGAAGAAGAUAUUGCGAAAAAGAUGAUCUUGGUGGGUCUAUGGUGUAUUCAGUUCCGCCCAUCAGACCGUCCAUCAAUGAACAAAGUUGUAGGGAUGAUGGAAGGAAAUUUGGAUUCUCUUGAUCCCCCUCCUAAGCCUCUUUUGCAUAUGCCAAUGCAAAAUAAUAAUGCAGAAUCAUCUCAGCCAUCAGAGGAGGACAGCUCAAUUUACUCAGAAGUAUGAUCCCUUGACUCUUGCACUACAAGAAAAACAGUUAUUAAUAGCGUCCGUAAAACGCUAUCAAUUAAUACCGUAGCGGUUUAAGAAGCGCUAUAUCAUCGUCCGCGAUAAUAGGUUAAACACAUAAGAUAACGGUUUUUUUGUUUGCUAUUUUUAUGGGUAUUAUCGUAGCGUUUUAUAUACAGCUGUAUUAUAACUACAAUAACGUUACUGUUAUGCUAUUAUUUACUUAAUUAACAGCGUUUUGUAAUUGUCAAAUAUAGCAUUGGGUUCAUGUUAUGUUCUUUUCUAUUCUUAUAAAUCUUGUUUUACC